AUAGGCAAACAAACCUGUUAUGACAAACAUUGAGUCUGUUAAUGUGACUGUCUGUUAUGCUAUGCGUACCGUUACUGUAGUACACAGUAGAUCUACUUCUAUUUCGUUUUGACAUACAUCUACAUCUAGGCCUAUACAUUCUCAUUAUAUAGCCACAAAUAAAGGCUUUAAAAGCGUAUUGCAAAUUUAACUGUAAGAAAAGAACAUCAGUAGUCAGUGUGACCUGAGUGUUUCUCUGACGCCUCUUCCUGUUACAACCUGAAGAUGAGAGAAAUGUGUGUGAUAUGCUGUGUGACAAUGGUGCUGUUUCCAUUGGUCAGCGCCUACACCUCAUCGUUUUAUACUGACAACAAUCUUGGCCAAUCUGUCCCUAUAAUACAAGUGAAACAAAAACAACAAGAUGUACAACAGGAACUGUUAGAGUUAAUGGGAUUAUACAGCAAGCCCAAAUCCAAAGUCAAUGAGAAAAAUAUUCAGUCUGCAUCUAAAUUUAUGCAAGAUUUGUAUAAAAGUUUAAAGGAAGUGGAUGGAUAUGACUAUGUGGGAGAUUCUCACAUUCACAUCAACAAUCUUGUCAAUGUUUCCUCACUUGGCCUGGACCCUGAGAAAGUAGAGGGCUCGGAUGUCAUUGUUAGCUUUAUAAACAAAGAUGGGGAGGUACAUAUUCGUCACAAGAAAGACAGCACUUUCUACUUUGACUUCACUGAAGUAUCUAUACGAGAACAUUUAAAGGGAGCAGAGUUGCGUCUGUACAAGGAAGUCUCCCCAGCAUUUUCUUCUGGCACAUUUUCCUUGAACCUUUACUUCAUUAAAGAUGCUGCAGACAUGGAAGAAAAGAUUUUGGAACUAGAAUCUACUCUCCGAGUGGACUGGGCAAAAACUGGAUGGAUAACAUUGGAUGCCACAUCUGCAGCCAGGAACUGGACCUUAUUCCCACACUCAAACCGUGGACUUCUACUUAAGGUUUUUGAUAGUUCCGGCAAAGAACAUGAGCCUAGAGACAUUGGUAUAGUGAGCAGAAGAGGCCCAAUGGACAAGAUGCCGUUCCUAGUUGGCUACAUGGACAUGGACACUGAGAUCCUCUCUAGACGUGCCAGGUCCCUGCGUCAGGCAAGGUGGGCACAGAACAAAGAUGAUGUAUCUUAUGCUGACAACCCAUUCACCCCUCACCAAGCAGGUACACCAAGAUACAAGUCCAACAGCAGCUGCCAGCGUCAUAACCUAUACAUCAACUUUAGGGAAAUUGGAUUUGACAAUGAGUUUCUAAUUGCCCCAGAUGGUUACUCUGCUUUCUUCUGUGAAGGGGAUUGCUCCUUUCCUUUGGGCAUCCACAUGAACGCCACCAACCAUGCCAUUGUACAGACACUUGUUCACCUGAUGACACCUCUAGAGGCCCCCAAGCCUUGCUGCGCCCCUACAAAGUUUGGCCCCAUAACCUUGCUGUACUACGAUGCCAACUCCAGUGUGGUGCUCAAGAGGUUUAAGGAGAUGAUAGUCAAGGCUUGUGGCUGCCUUUAAGUGUUCCUCUCAGAUGGAUGUCCCUGUAGGCUGUGACAGCUGAUGGAAAACACAAGUUAGAUAAGUAGCCUCCAUACCAAUGGUUUGUUUAUUCCAUUUCAUGUUACAGCUACAAGUUUCACUAGUUUGUUAUCAAGUGCCUUAACCAUUUUAUGUUGGCAUUGUGGCCUUAGCAGUUACUCCAGUGUAGAGUACUAGAGUUUUAUACAUAUUAAUACUAGUCUUUGAAAGGGCUAAAAAUCAAAGAAAUAUGGCAUUUACUGAGUAAGUAGUAGCUUUUUGUAUUGAAAAAAAUAUUUUGGUACACAAACAAAUUUGAUUCCCAUAUUGCAAACAAAUCUUGCCUUUUUUUUUAAAUAGAAAAACCCAUCAGCAUUACAUAUGGAUUUUACAACAUCUGUGCUUGUAAAUAUUUUAGCUUUAAUUUUGUGCUAUUUGUCCGAAAUACAUAUCACGACAAUGUAAUGGGUUUAUGUGUGAACAUGGUUUAGAACGUAGUUUAGCUUAUUUGCACCAUGAAACUUACCACUGCUUACAUACGGAUUACAUAAGUAAUUAAACCACACUUCCUAACUAAUGACGUAAGAUUUUUACUUGAACUUUUGUACAACCCAACCAAAAUAAGAUCUGAUUUUAACCACAGUUGAUUUUAAAUUUUAAAAUAUACUGCACAACUGUAAUUUCAUUUUAUUAAUUCUGUAUACUUUCAUGUUUAAUAUUUGUUUUAAAAACAUUUUUACAAAUUGUACAUUUAAGUAUUUUGUAGAUUUAUUACAAAUAUUGUAUUAUAUUACAUUUAACUUGAGUAUAAUUACAAAUUUUAUUUAUAAAUUUGUUCAGCUGUUGACAAUAAUCCACCUUAAGCUAAAAAAAUUGUUUAUUGUAUAAGUACUUAACAAUGUCUCUCUAUAUAUUUAUUUCUUGCCCAAUCUAAGUGCUUCUAGACAGUAAUGGGCCUUUGACUUACCUACCUUUAUUUUUUUUAAGUUUAUCUCAUUCUAUAAUAAUAACUAUCCCAACUAUGUAAUAUGCAUUAAAUUUUAUGGAUAUUUUAUAGGCAUUGAUUGGCUAAAUGAGGUGUAAAAUAUAUUUUUUUAAUAAAUGAUAUACUCUACCAAAUGUAUUUUUGAAUUUAUUAACUGUAUCAAAAAUGAGAUCUGCCUUUGUAUGCCCACAAAAUUGUGCUUAUUUAGGAUUUACAAAAUGGUUUACGUUAAAUUUGCUGAACUUGUCAGCAAGUAGCCGAUACAGAAAACUUCAUUUUUGAUCUAAGAAACAUCCAUAUUCCUACAUCUGAAUGUAGAAAAUUGUAUUAGCUUUAAUUUAGCUAAUUAGUAAUUAGAAAGUAUUCAUUGAGUAAAUUAUUUAUAUAAUACUUUUUACACUAAUGAUUUUCAAAUUUGUUCCAAGACUAUUUUUAACAAGAACAAAAUAAAGCAAUCUGCCCAUGACCUUUCAAACGAUGUUUCUUUUAAUUGUUUGCCUAUUGCAUUCUCCACACAGUUAUUUGGUUGUGAAAUGUAUUUAUUUUUUCUAUUGAAAGUGAACCUAUGCCAAAGAAAUACCUGUUAUGGGUUUUACAAAUGUAGACAUGUUGUACAAUAUAUCUCUUGAUAGCUUUUAUAGUAACUCUACAAUUCUUAACUAUAUUUUUUGGCUUCACAAGUGUUAUUGUUUAAAUAAAGCUCUUUUUAAAGUCAUUUUAAAUAUUUUGCUGAUUUUUUUAAAGAACAUUGCUUAAAAUUUCAUCAUGAUUGACUUUAUUGUAUCAGUUGUUUUUAAUUUACUUAAAUUCAAUCUGCUUUUGUUUGUCCCUUUUUAAUAUUUCAUGUAAACAAAAUAUUGUGUUCAAUUAUACUUAAAAGUUCAGUAAAUAAAUUUUGUCUGAAGUUUUCUUAUAUAAGAAGAAAAACUUAAGGAAUUGUGUAAAUUUGGUUUCUUGUACAGAGUGUAUAUACUUGUUCUUAAGCUGACUAGUUCACAAAGCGCUCCUCCUCUCCCUCCCACCCACACCCUACUCACUGCAAACCAUAGUAUUGAAAACCCAAUAAAGUUGUUAUAAUUAUUCUGAUGUCAUCUGGGUACACAUUAGCACAGGGGUAACUAUAAAGUGGAUUCAAAAUAUUUUGUCCUAGGUUUAUAUUCAUUAACACCCCUCUCUCUUAUUCCACCUCUCUCUCUCUCUCUCUCUCUUUCUCUCUCUCUCUCUCUUAUUCAACCCCCCCCCCCCCCCAUCUCAUUCUCCCACCCCCAGCACUGCUUGAGAAAAAGUCAGCUAAUGAAUGAGUGUGUACAGUAAUCAGCCACCCAAUUUCUGAUAUAUUUUUUACCUCUCACCGUUUACAUACAAUUUUUUUUUAUUUUUAAAAAAAGAAUAUACAAUCAAGAGUUCAAUUAAAAGUUAAAAUCUAAAAUUUUAAAUAUAAAACUCAAAAUAUUCUUUUAAUUUAAAUCUACAAACUUUAGUGAAAUCAUUAGCUACUUUUUAAAAAAAAUUUUGUUCUUAUUCUUAUUUUCAACAGAUAAGCACAUUUCUUUAGAGACUUAAUGUUGCACUAUAAUAAAAAUUCCAUUAACUUCAAAAUUUACAUGGUUAUUUAUCUUCUUAAAUGUUUAGCUGUGUAAGUACAUUUUUUUAUUUUUAGAAAUUAUUCAGGUUUUGGAGAGAGACAUAGAUAGUUGCAUUGAUGUUUUUUGUUUGUAUAAUUAAAUUGUAGUAAAAAGCUAAAAAGUUUGAAAUAACCUUAAAAGGAAAAACAUCACCUGACAUAUGACCAAAAGUCUUUAAGGAAAAAAAUUAAUAAUUAGUGCUUUGCUGUUUUAAUUUGGGUAGGGACUUGAAUUAAUCAUGUAUUCUUGUAAUUUUUCUGAUGAAGGUUUUACAUUGAAAUAUGCUUUUAGUAAUUUUUACUGAAAUUUUUAAAUUGAUCUUAUUUUUUUGUAUGGGUUGUGAAUGUAUAACACAAAACCAGUUUUUGUAUUUUGUGAUUUAUUUUUAAAAUCAUUGUUUAUUUAAUCACCAACACAACAGAUCUGUAAACAAUACCUCAGUUCAUCAUUUUUUUGUUGUCUGUAGUUUUAUUUUCGUAGAAUAAAGUAUUGACCAGCUUA